AUGGUAGGGAAGGUGUCUGGGUCAGAGGUCUCUCUCGCGGUAGGGAAGGUGUCUGGGUCAGAGGUCUCUCUCGCGGUAGGGAAGGUGUCUGGGUCAGAGGUCUCUCUCACGGUAGGGAAGGUGUCUGGGUCAGAGGUCUCUCUCGCGGUAGGGAAGGUGUCUGGGUCAGAGGUCUCUCUCGCGGUAGGGAAGGUGUCUGGGUCAGAGGUCUCUCUCGCAAUAGGGAAGGUGUCUGGGUCGGAGAUCUCUCUCGCGGUAGGGAAGGUGUCUGGGUCGGAGGUCUCUCUCAAGGUAGGGAAGGUGUCUGGGUCAGAGGUCUCUCUUGAGGUAGGGAAGGUGUCAGGGUCGUUGGUCUCUCUCGAGGUAAGGAAGUUGUCUGGGUCGGAGGUCUCUCUCGUGGUAGGGAAGGUAUCUGGGGUUCCAUCUCAGUUCCUCUAA